AUGGAUUCUUACUCGUAUCUGCAGGCCGCCUGGACCGAUGUUGUCACAACGCACAAUCCAGGCACAAUCGAAGUAAUGGGAGUCAUCUUGGCUCAGGUCAUCGGAUUUAUUAUCCCAGCAACGAUCUAUAUGAUGAUAGAUAUCCUAUUUCCGAAGUUCUCGCAGCGCCAUAAAAUCCAGGGUGCCCGUCGACAACCAACUCGCCAGCAAAUCCUACACUGCGUUAAAGUCAGCUUAUUUAACCAUGCCUGGAUAGUGGCGCUCCAUGCUGCGGCGGUUUAUUUCACCAAUAUGAGUAUGAAUCUCCAUCCGAUCGUGCCUCCUCUGAAGAUCUUCGUUAUUGAUUUCGCCUUCGGUCUGCUGGCCCGAGAAGUAUUAUUCUACUACGUCCACCGCGCUCUACACCAUCCCAGCAUUUAUGCCUAUAUUCAUAAGAUGCACCACAAAUAUACCGCACCGGUAGCAUUCGCAGCCGAGUACGCCCAUCCAGUUGAGCAUCUUCUAGCGAAUGUCUUGCCGAUUACGUUGCCUUUAUACCUUAAAGGCGCCCAUAUCCUCUGCAUCAUGGUGUUUACUGUCUUCGAGCUUUGGGAAGCGGCGGCAGAUCAUAGCGGGUAUGACUUUUUAAAACUUCCGCCUGCUGAGCUGCACGAUUUGCAUCAUGAGAAAUUUCGUGUUAACUAUGGGACGAUUGGGCUGAUGGACUGGAUUCAUGGCACUGAUGUGGUGGGGUGGGAUCGACAUAAGGCGAAGCAUCAUUGA